AAAACUAAUCUCGAAGAAACAUUUGCUUUGUGUGUGUGUGAGAGAGAGAGAGAGAGGAGAGAGGCGGCGAUGGGAGGAGGAAUGGGUGCGUUUUGGGGAACUAGGGUGAUGGAACUAGUGAAGAAGCACGAUUCCGGUGGUCUUCUUUGGAAGCGAAUCAAGCUUACACCUACUCGUAAAGCCAAUGCCAAAACUCGCCUCCGUCGCGUUUGGCAGAAUGAGGCUGUUCUAAGGGCGUGUGGUGAAUCAGAUGCACCAAAUCCGCCGGGAGCUAGCAACACAAAAAGCUGUAGCAGUGGUUUGAAAAAGAAUUAAGGCGGAAGUGAAGCUAGAAACAUGGUCGGUAGUUUGUAAUCGUAGAUCAAGUCUCUGUCUUUUCCUGAUUUAACAAAAAAAUAAUAGCAGAGGUUGGUUUUACAUGUUGAAUCUUGUGUUGUUGGGUUUAUUGGUUUUACAUGUUGAAUCUGCAACGGGUUUAGCAAAAAAGCAGAGCCACCCCAGACCAAAGCCGAACAUGAGAUUUGAGUAUUGUUACCUUUUUAUUGCUUUUUUUGUCACAAAGAAAGUUGUUCGUCAGGUGCUCAAUUACUUGCUCUUGGCAACUCAA